AUGGCCAUCAACGCCGCCGGCAUCGUAAUGGGCGCACAGGGACUCUUCCUGCUCGGCAACGGCGUCUACCUCCUCGCCUUCCCAGACCGCCCGGCAUCCGACCCCAACGGUCCAUUCUACAAUACUCCAGUCUCGGUGAUUCGGGCAUUCAGCACAACGUCUUUCUCUAUUGGCGCAUUUUACUUGCAGGCUGUCUACCAGAGGAAUCGAAGCGUCACGGCGCUGAGUGUCGUGGGCCGCGCAAUGGCCGUUGGUGUCUUUGGGUUCAUGUGUGGUGAGGGCGCGUGGAGAAAGGUCGCAGCCUUCGAAGGUGCAAUGGGCGUUCUGUUGGCGCUGAGCCUUUUCGUCUGA